GCAGGCAGAGCUCACACCUCAGCUGCUCAUGCUAGCGCCACUACGAAGGGUGGAAGCCAUAGAAAAGGUAGUAGCUCUUCUUCAAUGGAGCCUCCCACUGCAACCUCUCUUGACCUGUCCCUGACACUGGCCCCCAUGCCACUGUCGACACCAGCACCGGUGCCGCCGUCCUCUCCUUGGGACGCUGCUGCUUCCAGUGGCCCUGCCGGCCAUGGUGGCGACGGCGAUGACCAUGGUGGCGGCGAGAGAUCGAGGCUGUUCUCCUGCCUCUUCUGCGAGAAGAAGUUCCUCAAGUCGCAGGCGCUAGGGGGCCACCAGAACGCGCACAAGAAGGAGAGGGUCGUCGGCUGGAACGCCGACCUCUACCACUACCACCAUGAAGAAGCGUAUCCAGCGGCGGCCCACGACCAGGCCACGGCGCCGGCGGGGAGCUGGCGGCGCGCCCGUACGAUGGCGACGACGACACUUGACAGCGGCGACAAGCAGAUGCAGCAGAAGCUAGAUCUUAGCCUUAAGCUUUAGCCAGCUCGUGUGUACGGCUUUUCUACUCCUUUAAUUUUCUUCCCUUCUUUGAACUUGUAUAUAUGCAUGUGUCUCC